CACACGCACGCACGCACGCACACACACACGCACGCACACACACACACAUAAACACACGCAUACACACACACAAACACACACACACACACACAAACACACGCGCGCGCGCGGUCCGGGAGUGCGUUUCUGCAGUGCAGGACUCUCUCUUUCUUUCUUUCUCUUUACUCAUUUUGGAACCGGGCUUUUUUUUUUUUUUGCUUUUAUUUUUGGCUCUAUUUAUGGAUGUUCAAAGUGGAGAUUGAGGAAUUGAUCAGAGGACAACGCAGCCGCGAGAGACUCAACUUUCACACGGACGGGGUUUUUAUUUAUUUAUUUAUUUUUCUGUCUGCGGUGGCACGAGCGCAAAAAAAAAGAAAAACAAACAACCGGGGGAUGUGAUUUGGUGGGACCCUUUAAAGUGCACAGCAGUUCCCUUUUUCCUCUACCUCCUCCUCCUCUUCUUCUUCUUCUUCUUCUUCUUUUUGUGUGAAACAAACAAACAACAACAGCAAAAAAAAGAGAGAGAGAUCAGAUCCGCAUCCGGCAUGUCCAGCUUGGAUUGACGCGAUAUCGGACAUUCAUCUCUGUCUGUCUCUCUCCUUUCUUUUCUUUUCUUUUCUUUUUUUUUUUUUUUUUUUUUAAAUUAGUCAGCUCGUUUCAGCUCGGUCGGAGGGAGGGGGGUGUUGGUCAUCAACUUUAGGGUGAUGCUUCCUGCCCUGCAUGUGUGUGUGCGCGUGCUUUCGGAGUGUGUGUUUUUCCCCCCUCGACCUCCUCGCGCUGAGCUUUAACAGAGCAGCCUGCUCCUUCUUUCCUUCAACUUGUUGCACUCUUUUAUCAUCAUCAUCAUCAUUAUUCUUAAUAAUAAUAAUAAUAAUUAACACAGAGGAGAAUCCUGCAAAAAGCGCAAUAAUAUCGACGGACAAGAAAAAGAGGAUGAUUGACAGAAAGCAAAGCUGAGACGGCUGUCUAUCAAAAGUAUCAGCCUACAGAAGACAACUCAUAUCAGACGUCUCCCUCGCUCUCUCUCCUUCUCUCUGUUUAUCGCCCUCGGUUUUCCCGGUGGAUUCAUAUAAAGAGUGUGCGUAGAAGAAGCUGGUAUGCUCCCUCACCUUUGGCACCCUCUGCUCACUAACACUCGGAUUAUUUCGUAAACUGGGCCCCGGGAACACACCUUCACACACUCUCACUGUACCCGUAUUUGCUCGAUCUGUCCAUCCGCGCUCAGGCAGCCAUGCGCGUGUGGUUGAUGGUGACCCUCCAGGCGGCCUGGCCGUGUUUUUUCGGACUGGCCAUGCAGCACUACCCCACCACGUGGGGCCACUACGACAUGUGCAAGUCGCAGGUUUACACGGACGAUGGACUCACCUGGGAUUACAUGGCCUGCCAGCCCGAGGCCGCCGACAUGACCCAGUACCUGAAGGUGACCCUCGACCCUCCGGACAUCACCUGUGGAGACCCGCCCGAGACCUACUGUGCCCUGGAAAACCCAUAUAUGUGCAACAACGAGUGCGAUGCAUCCACAGAGGAACUUGCCCACCCUCCAGAACUCAUGUUUGACUUCGAGGGUCGCAAUCCCACCACCUUCUGGCAGUCCUCGUCUUGGAGGAAGUACCCUAAACCCUUGGCAGUGAACAUCACACUAUCCUGGAACAAGACCAUCGAGCUGACAGAUGACAUCGUCAUCACGUUUGAGUCAGGCCGUCCUGAGCAGAUGGUGCUUGAAAAGUCCCUGGAUUAUGGGAAGACAUGGCAGCCAUACCAGUUCUAUGCCACUGACUGUUUAGAUGCCUUCACCAUGGAUCCAAAGUCGGUGCAGGACCUGUCCCAGAGCACGCUGCUGAACAUCAUCUGCACAGAGGAGUAUUCACGUGGCUAUGUCUGGAAGUAUGACAAGACCGUGCGCUUUGAGAUCAAGGACCGUUUUGCUCUGUUUGCUGGACCACGUCUCCACAACAUGGCAUCCUUAUAUGGCCAACUGGACACCACAAAGAACCUGCGAGACUUCUUUACCAUCACAGACCUGCGCAUCAGGCUCCUCCGACCCGCCACUGGGGCCACCAUGGUGGAUGAGGGCAACCUGUCCAGAUACUUCUAUGCUAUCUCUGACAUCAAGGUGCAUGGCAGGUGUAAGUGUAACCUGCAUGCGAACAGCUGUGUGUUUGAUAAGGAGAAGCUGAGUUGUGAGUGUGAGCACAACACCACGGGGCCCGACUGCGGACGCUGCAAGAGGAACUACCAGGGCCGAGCCUGGAGCGCCGGGAGCUACCUGCCCAUUCCUAAAGGCACGGCUAAUAUCUGUGUGCCGAAUAACGUGGGUCCAGUGAACUGCGAGUGUUUCGGCCACUCGAACCGCUGCAGCUACAUCGAGUUGUUAAACACGGUGAUUUGCGUGAGCUGUAAGCACAACACUAGGGGGCAGCACUGUCAGCUCUGCAAGCUGGGCUUCUACCGCAAUGCUUCGGCCGAGCUCGACGAUGAGAAUGUGUGUAUAGACUGUAAUUGUAAUCCGUUGGGCUCAGAGAGUGACCGGUGUAAUGGCACUGGGUUCUGUAAGUGUAAGAGCGGAGCGACAGGCAGUAAGUGUCACCUGUGUCUCCCCGGAUAUUUAUGGGACAAUGGCUGCAAAUCCCGAGUGUGUGAUGACGAGCUGCUCCGCUGCCAGAACGGUGGUGUGUGUGUGAACAACGUGAGGUGUCAGUGUGCCCAGGGAUACUCGGGCCUGCUGUGUGAGAAGGUUCGCUGCGACGGCGAAGCCGGCUGCGGCUCGUCUGAUUCGGCUCAGACCCCCGUCCCGUCCUCCGUCAUCAUCAUCCUCCUGAUGGUGCUGCUGCUGCUGAGUUCCGCCUGGGAUUUAACCCUCUGAGAAACACAUACACACACACGCACACAUGCACACUCAUAGACACACAUACACACACACACACACUACACAAUACAUAUACAAAGCUGAUCAUCAGAAAGCCGAGCGAAACCGUUAUUUGAGAGGACAAUAAAUAAAUAUAUAAAUAUACAUGUAUACAACAUUUAAAAAUAUUACAAAUCUAUUUAAAAAAAAAAAAAAGUCACAAGAUGUUAUUUAGAGAAUUUAUCCAAGCAUUGCUUCAUAAAAGCGUCAGCGUGAAGGAUUAUGGUGGACUAAGCCAUAGCAGAAACCCAAACUCACCCCUCGUCCUCCUCCUCUUCAUCCUCUUCGUCCUCCUCCUCCUCUCCUCCAGCCUACACCUCCACACCAAGAGCAAACAGGAAGUGGGUCUUGCUACUUCCUCUUUAUCGCCAUGGUAACUUGGGAUCAAGAUGGCGAACGCAACUUUGGACUGCCUUUUUUUUUUUUGGCUUUCCUCAACACGGAGAAUGUGUCCAGAUCAUGUGGACUAUUUACAAAAUUGUAAAAAAAAGAUCGAAUGGAAUAAAAAUAAAUAAAAUAAAUAAAUAAAUAAAUAAAGACUCAUGAGAAGAAAAGAAAAAAAAAAUCAUAAACAUUCUUUGCUGUCGGUGCAUCGUGGAGAUCAGACUGAGCUGUGUUUAAAGGGAGUCCAUCAGUUUCCACUCGUAUUUGGUGAAAAAGCCUCGACCAUCACUUUUUCCCCCAUUUUAUUUUGUUUGUUUGUUUGUUUGUUUGUUUGUUUGUUUUUUAUUCUGAUUUUAUCGUCCGAUGUCAGAGUCAGUGCGGCACUUGUGUAUUAGCUGUCCCCAAAAUAGAAAUAAACCCAUGAAGAAGUGCUUAAAAAAAAUCAUCAGCGUAUUUAAUUUUUGUAUUUACAAAGAUUUAUUUUCUUUACAAUAAAUAGUACCGAAUGUUUUGUAUUAUUAUUAUUAUUAUUAUUAUUAUUAUUAUUAUAACUACUCAUAUUACUGAUAAACUGUGUUUAAGAGCGAUGUGAUAAAUAUGUUAAAGAAACACGAAAAGAUGGAUGAUUAAACGUUUUCAUUUCCAGGGGGCCAAGCACCGAGAGCCAUGUAUUCAUUAUUUUUGAUCUCAAUCAUGACAAUUGAAUGUACUCAAAGAGCGACUGUGUUAAAAUGUCAAGGAUCGGUUGCACCAACAGGAUACCAGACGAGCAGGGACAGGCCGUCGUUAUGCUCUAUGAUGUUCGGCCCGAUUUCACCGACCUGGCCUUGUAAAAAAAUUCCGCGGAUAAGAGUCGAGGUCGGCCGUCUCGUGUUGUGAUGUGCUCACGUUUUUGUUUGGUUUUUUGGCUUCGAUUAAGUGCCACUCCGACCAAAGACGUCUGACGACGACAAAGUAACUGUAUCAUUAAAAUCUCAGUGUGGGUGAGUGCUGCCGGGACACUCGUCUAAAAUCCACCAAACUCACGGAACAGCUACAACAGCUACGCCAGCAGCGAUGAAGAAACGUAAACAAAACAUGCUAAUACACGGAAGGAAAAUCGGACGAUUACCUCAAGCUCACUUGUGUUCGUGUUUAACGCGAGCCCGUUUUUCUGCACCAGCUGGUUUCCGGUUCUGAUUGACGAUCUAAGCAGAACGUAGUCGUUUUCUGUCAUCGCAGGUCGAUCGUUAGAGCCUCGUAUCAUCGUAUAAUCCGACACCGAGAGCGUACGUUAUCACAGUGAGUCAUGUCACGUUAUCACUGUGCGCAAAAGCAAUAAUCUCAAAUUGUUUAGUGUAAAACCGAAUUUAGGGGCCUAAAAUAAAUAAUUAAACUAAGCAUAUUAUUUAAGAUUAGCUGGGAGGAGACAUUACGACCAGCUAUAGACGGUUUCUAUGACAACUGCUAUAAAUAUUAGCCAGAUAAUCAAAAUGGAGGUGUUUCUGAGCUGAUACAGUAUGGUCUUUGUCGUUCUGCUCGAAGAGUCUUUCAAAACAUCUUCACCUGAAUGUUUUUCUACUAUACUAUUAAAAAACAUUGAUCCCCCCCCCCCCCUCCGCCCCCCCCCGAUUAUUUUGCUGUUGGAUUGUGUGCACAGUGUAAUUCAGUUCAUUUGAACAGCGUUUAAGUUCCUUUUGUGGGUUUUUUUUUUGUUGUUGUUCCAAACUUGUUGCAAAGUUUUCACUUCGGUUUAUGCAUCAGGAAUAAAGUCGGUUUUAUUUAUUUAUUUUUCUACUAAACCCACCCGACUUAAUAACUGUCGGUGCAACCUGCUCCUGAAGAUGAGAUCAAAUUACAGUUAAUAUUAUGGGAAGUAUUCCAGUAGUCAGAACACCUGCACAGGUAAUUUAUCAUGGGGAUGUUUUCUCUCCUCAUGUCAUCAAACUGUACAUAAAUUCCUGUUUUGGUAGCACUGUUAAUAAUUAACCGUGUCGUUUUCCCCCUCAAACAGGAUGAGGCCAUCUGCUACAUCUACAGCUUUAAAAAUAAAAAAAAAAACACCCACUAUAACGCAGAUCUGGUGCUUGGCCCCCGCAAAUCGCUGCUUUCAGCUCUAUAUAUAGAUAGGUAACAUGGAGUAUUAUAAUUUUUUUUUAAUUAUGCAGUUUCUUAAGUACUGGCAGCGUGCUAGCAUCAAAGAAUCUUGGAUUACAUGAAAUGAGGCUGACAUGUAAUGACAAAAACCCCACCAAAGGACAUUCUCAAUGUUUUCUCGUUGCUUUAAACACUGAAAAAUUUAAGUGAAUAAAAGUUUAAAAAGACCUUUUAGAGGUG